AUGAUUUCCACGCAAGUAAAAGAACUUCUUGAAAUAACAGGAAAAUGUAAUGGAAAUCAAUAUUUACACGAUGAUUUAACGAUCAAUUGGUAUGAAGUAAGAGAAUUGCUAUUAAAAGACUAUGUUGAAGGUGUUCUCGAAAGCUAUGAAUAUUGUGUGAAAAUUAAGCCAACGCUUGAUUCAAUUAUUCUCAAUUGCCUGCAAAUUCAAGAUCAACCAGAACUGUUUAAAAAGACAAUUUUAGAAUUCUCUCAAUGGACGCAUUCGACAUCAGAAUUGUGUAAAAUAUUUAUUGAUUGGUGUGAUGAAAGUGAAGAUUAUUCAAUAUUGACGACGCUUCAACUGACUUCUAUGUUAGAAUAUGCACUUGGAAGUCUUUAUCAAUCAGAGAAACGUGUUCCACCUCCACAUUUGUUGAAGGAUCUUCUCGCUGAGUUGUCAGAUGAAAGUUCAUUGGAAUUUGAAAAAGUUUUCCUUUUGCGACUCGUUCUUGGCACAAGUAAAGGAUUGAAUUUAAGAAACAUUGUUUGGCAUGGCUUCAUUGAUAGCAUUCAUCGUUGUUAUCCUGCAUUUCUCUUUGUUAUAAUUGUUUCAUAUGGUAAAUCAUUAAAAUGUAAGAAAAUUGCACCGAAAUUGAGAUCUGAGAUAAAUUUUUCAAUCUCACUUCAAUCCAAAAACAUCCAAGUCGAAGAUCUUUUGAAAUCUCCAACAAUCAUGAAGUGCAACUUCAAUCUCUGGAAGCAAAUCGUAUCACUUCAAAAACGAAAGAAAUUUAAAUCUUCGAUUUUUCUUCUCUUAUCACAAAUCGAGUCAGUAUUGAGAUUUAUUUAUGGUCGAAUCAAUCAAGUAAAUGUAACAGCGCGACUUAAUAAAUAUUAUGUCAUAAUGGAUUCAAUAUUCUAUGACUACGUCCUUGAUGAUGAUGUGACGCCUCUGGUGAUUGGUAAAAUAAAUAAAUCUCAACAUACGCAGAUCAAAGAAACUAAUCGCAAAAAUCAAAUGAUGGAAACUUUUCCACUUUCAAUUAUUUAUCUCGGUUAUGAUUUAUUUCAUGCUGUAGAUGGUCCUCGAAUUCGUGAUAGGAUAAGCCACGCGGAAGUAUUUGUUAAAGAUGAGAAUUUUAGUUGGCUUCCAGCACUUGUAGAUAUCAGUUGUAAUUUGUGUUUUGUCUUAUUCUUAUCAAUAAUGAUGGAAAUCAACGGAACUUUAGAUAAUAAAAACAUUUUUAACUUUGACGAUUUAGAAUCAUCGACACAAGAAUUGGUUCUUAAAGCAAUUGAAGCGAGAAAUUUCGCUUAUUGUCCUUACUCAAAAUUUGCUGUCGGUGCAGCACUUCGAGCUACGACUGGUGAAAUCUUCACAGGAUGUAACAUUGAAAAUGGAGCUCAUUCUCCAUCAUUAUGUGCUGAAAGAACGGCAAUCGCCAAAGCAGUGAGUGAAGGUUUUCGAUCAUUCACAGAAAUUGCUGUUGUUGCCUAUCAAGAAGAAUCUUUCACACCUCCUUGUGGUGUGUGUCGACAAACACUCUCAGAAUUCGCUCCAACUGACAUGAAAGUUUAUCUAGCGAAACCAUCACCAGGAAGAGUUCUCGUAACUUCUGUCUUUCAAUUGUUGCCUUAUCGUUUCAAUCCAGAAAAACUCAAGAAAUGACAUCGCAGUGUUUAUUAUUAUUAUAUUGGUCAGAGUUGAUGUUUGAGUCCUUGGACAACUUAAAACCUUUCGACUCUGACCAUUUCUUAUCAUCAUUUUGACGACAUAAAUUAAAAAUAAUUAAAUCUACUUUAAUAAUCAUUUUUGUUGUUAUCACAAACGACUAGAAUCAAAAGAAAUGAGAUAAUUUAUACUUACUAACACGAACAAUUAGAUAUUGAUUGAGAUUAAAGAGAAUUUUAUCAACUUUCAAGGCAAA